UCUUCCAUAGGCCAUAGCCAUCUGAUUCUGAGGUAGGUUCGCACAUUUAUUGUCACAAACAAAGCAAUAGAAAGAAAGAAAGAUAAGAACACGGUGUUGUGGGUUUUCGUCCACAGACUUGCCCAUGAAUACAUAACUUCAUACCGCAGAGCUUUUCUGUCACUUAAACGCAUCAAUGAAGUUGUCACUUCCGAAGCUCUAUCUCCUUACUUACAAUUCCCUUCAAGCCUUUGGAUGGACAAUUGCUCUCUUUAGAAUUUUAAGCAGCUUUAUUUCCUCCCGUUCAAUCAACGGAGCUUAUGCCUCUGCUGGGGAACUUAUCUGUCUAUUGCAAGUUGCUGCAUUCUUGGAAGUGAUACAUGGAGCUCUAGGUAUUGUUCCAAGUGGGUUUUUGUUCCCUCUUAUGCAAUGGGGAGGAAGAACUCAUUUCGUGUUCUAUGUGCGAAACAUAGUUGAGGUCCGGGAGUUGCCAUCAGUUUUUAUAACCUUUUUGGUUUGGAGCCUAGCUGAGGUAAUUAGGUAUUCGCAUUAUGCUCUCAACUGCCUUGGAAAUUGUCCAUCUUGGCUCACUUACCUCAGGUAUACUGCAUUCAUUGUUCUAUAUCCUAUUGGAAUUCUUCCUGGUGAAAUGUGGCUUAUGUAUCAAGGAAUUCCAUUUGCAAAGAAGAACCACCUUUAUGCUAGUUUAUUUUCUGCUCUCCCAUUCAGUUAUACUGACUUUAUAAAGGCUGUGCUUAUGCUCUACCCCUUCUUAUGGUUGAGACUUUACUUGCAUUUGUUAAAGCAACGGCGGUCGAAACUGGGGAAACACCAUGAAAGGAAGAGAAAGUGAAUAUUGGAGUGUGAGUACUAAAUCUUGAUUGCAGAACCUCAAGAGUAGAAAUUAUUUAAACUGAUGUUGUUUCAUCUUCAAACAAAUCAUAUUUUCACCAAAAUUAAGAAAUCAGUUUAACUAAUUAUUUUUCCUUAUUUUUUCCUAAUAUACUUCUAGUAUCGCAUAACUCCUCUAAAAUGUAAAAUUGUCUUUAAUAUCAUUUCUUAGUUGAAUAA